CCUCCCGAAGCGGCUAGCCACGACUGCCGCCUAUUGUGUUGAUUCAGCGCUCGCACGCCCGCCCUGCUCAUAUUUAAGUACCCGCCCGCCCACUCGCCUUUUCCUCUCCUCUUCUCACCCGCAUUCUACCACCCAACACGCCAGUUCAGCUGCACGCGUUUGGAGCUCCACACACCACACCCCAUCACAACUUCAUCAACCCCAUCACACUUUCAACAUGACUGGCGGCAAAGGUGGCAAGGGCCUCGGCAAGGGCGGAGCCAAGCGUCACCGCAAGAUUCUUCGCGACAACAUCCAGGGUAUCACCAAGCCCGCCAUCCGCCGUCUCGCACGUCGUGGUGGUGUCAAGCGUAUCUCAGCCAUGAUCUACGAGGAGACCCGUGGUGUUCUCAAGACUUUCCUUGAGAGCGUCAUCCGCGAUGCUGUCACCUACACCGAGCACGCCAAGCGCAAGACCGUCACCUCCCUCGACGUUGUCUACGCUCUCAAGCGCCAGGGCCGUACCCUCUACGGUUUCGGUGGUUAAGCGUCUAGUUUCUUCCGUCUCGAUUGUCUGCUCGGCCCUUGUCUGAUUGCCGCACGGCUGUCGGUGAGGUCGCGUUGGGUAUCGUGACACGCUUUUGUGAAUGGGA